GUGAUGAGGUUAUGUUGUGUUUGGCUAAAACCUUUGAAACAUAGAAAAAGGGUCAAAAUGGCCCAAUUUUUAAACUUUCGCAAUUUUCUUUUCUUCCCUUCUCUUCCUCUCUCCUCUAAACCCUCUCCCCAUCUCCGAUUUCUCUCAACCCUUGUCUCCUCCUCUUCUUCUUCUUCUUCUUCCUCACCACGCCGCCGUAACGUUAACGUUCCUCCUCUUCAUCUCCGCCGCAGAUACACCAAAACCACAACCACCCCAAUGGUGGAACUUGAAGAGACCCCUUCCUUCGGCACUUCCGGUUUCAACAAAAGAAGAGCAGAAGGAACUGAUAAAACUGAUUUACCUAAGAAAAAUCUUCAACUCAAAGUUCGAAAACUUAAUCCUAUUAACACCAUUUCUUAUGUACAGAUUUUGGGUACUGGAAUGGAUACUCAAGAUACUUCACCUGCUGUUAUGCUUUUCUUUGAUAAACAAAGGUUUAUAUUUAAUGCUGGGGAGGGACUACAAAGAUUUUGCACUGAGCAUAGGAUUAAGUUAUCAAAGAUAGAUCACAUAUUUCUUUCUCGUGUCUGUUCCGAGACUGCCGGUGGGCUGCCAGGUUUACUGCUUACUUUGGCUGGCAUGGGAGACGAGGGGAUGUCUGUCAACAUAUGGGGUCCUUCAGAUCUUAAGUAUUUAGUAGAUGCCAUGAGAUCUUUUAUCCCCAAUGCCGCCAUGGUUCACACAAAAAGCUUUGGACCUACCUUCGGCACCAAUGAGUCCACUGUGCAGUGUCAAAAUGACCCCAUUGUUCUUGUUGAUGAUGAGGUGGUCAAAAUAUCAGCCAUCAUCCUUCAACCUUGUCGAAGCCCUUCACAAAAGACAGAUCAUAGCACAAAUAUUGUUGAUUCCCCCAAUGGUAAAAAGCUGUCAGCUGCUAAGCUUGGUGAUAUGUCUGUAGUAUAUGUUUGCGAGCUGCCUGAGAUUAAGGGAAAAUUUGAUCCGGAGAAGGCUAAGGCACUUGGCCUCAGACCUGGUCCAAAGUAUCGUGAACUGCAACUUGGAAAUUCGGUGGAAUCUGAUCGCCAGAAUGUUAUGGUUCAUCCAAGUGAUGUCAUGGAUCCUUCUAUUCCUGGUCCUAUUGUACUCGUUGUAGAUUGUCCAACAGAAUCUCACUUAGAAGCAAUGUUGUCUGCAAAAUCACUGGCCACGUAUGGGGAUCAAGUGGGAAACCUGCCAAAGGCUGAUAGGAGUGUUUCAUGUGUAAUUCACUUAACUCCUGAAUCUGUUGUAAGUUGUUCAAACUACCAAAACUGGAUGAAGACAUUUGGUUCUGCACAGCAUAUCAUGGCCGGACAUGAAAAGAAGAAUGUAGAGGUUCCUAUUUUGAAAGCUAGUGCAAGAACUGCAACACGACUUAAUUACUUGUGUCCUCGGUUCUUUCCAGCUCCAGGAUUUUGGUCUCUUGCAAAUCAGAAUUGCUCAAAACCUGGAUCUCUUGCUUCAAGUGAGGAUUCUUUAUCAGCACUUUCUAACGUCAUUUCUGCUGAAAAUCUUCUCAAGUUUACUUUGCGUCCCUACGUUAAUCUUGGGUUGGAUAGAUCUAGUAUUCCAACUAAAGUGUCUUCCUCAGAAAUUAUUGAUGAGUUGCUGUCAGAGAUUCCAGAGGUUGUGGAAGCAGCUCAGCAAGUCAGUCAGCUCUGUCAAGAUUCCAGUCAGACAAAGGAGGAUACGGUUCCUGUGGCUGAUCACCAGAUGGUGAUUGAAGAGCCAUGGCUGUGUGAAGAUGGUAUUACUCCUGCUUGCUUGGAAAAUAUAAGGAGAGACGACUUGGAGAUAGUGCUUCUUGGAACUGGUUCAUCCCAGCCAUCCAAGUAUCGAAACGUGACCUCAAUCUAUAUAAAUCUUUUUUCGAAAGGGGGUGUGCUCUUGGACUGUGGUGAAGGAACCUUAGGACAGCUCAAAAGAAGAUAUGGCGUAAGUGGUGCUGAUGAUGUUGUGAAAUCUUUAACCUGCAUUUGGAUUUCACAUAUUCAUGCCGAUCACCACACUGGGUUGGCUAGGAUUCUUGCUCUGCGCCGUGAUUUGCUGAGGGGGGUUCCUCAUGAACCAGUGCUUGUUGUAGGACCAAGGAAGCUAAAGAGAUAUUUAGAUGCGUACCAAAGACUAGAAGAUUUAGAUAUGCUGUUUCUUGACUGCAAACACACCUUAGCAGCGUCAUUGGAUGAUUUUGAGAAUGACAUGCAAGAAACAGUUAAAUCUCAGGAUCUGAGCAAUAAUAAUGCAGAAAUAAACGCAUCAAAAGUCGAUUCAACUUUAUUUGCUAAAGGGUCUCAAAUGCAAAGUUAUUGGAAAAGACCAGGUAGUCCUGUUGACAAAGAUGCAGUUUAUCCCCUCCUAAGGAAAUUGAAGGGGGUAAUCCAAGAAGCCGGUCUCAGUGCCUUGAUUAGUUUUCCUGUUGUACAUUGUCCACAGUCAUAUGGUGUUGUCCUAAAAGCAGAAGAAAGGAUUAAUAGUGUUGGAAAAGUGAUACCUGGUUGGAAGAUUGUAUAUUCUGGUGACACACGGCCCUGCCCAGAGCUAAUAGAAGCAUCUCGAGAUGCAACUGUUCUUAUACACGAGGCAACAUUUGAGGAGGGUAUGGUAGAGGAGGCUAUAGCAAAAAACCACAGCACCACUAAUGAAGCCAUAGAAAUGGGAGAAAAAGCUAACGUAUAUCGUAUCAUACUUACUCACUUCAGCCAAAGAUAUCCAAAAAUUCCUGUAUUUGAUAAAGCACACAUGGAUAAAACAUGUAUUGCAUUUGACUUGAUGAGUAUCAAUAUAGCAGAUUUAGCAGUGCUUCCCAAAGUUCUUCCAUAUCUGAAAUUGCUUUUCAGAAACGACAUGAUAGUUGACGAGUCAGACGAUGUAGUAGUAGAUGUUGCCGCUUCGGCUUCUUGACUAAAUGUAUCAAUUUAUUCUUUUUGCAUAAUCUGAUUAUUAUUAUAGUACUAUGCCAGGCUAGGCAACAAUUUACAAGCAUUUAUCCUCACAGCUUCCCCAACAUUUAGCUUGUAAUUUAUUUUUUGGCCGAAUGGAGGGUAUUAGCUUGUAA